AUGGCGGCGAACGACUACUAUCACGACUCGUCGCGGCACAACGCUUACGAGCCUUCCAUCGCUUCAACAAACCCGCCAUCCUACACCACAAACGCACAUCCGCAAGGCCACCCGGGCCCCUCUACAUCACCUUUCGAUACCGUCUUCGACGAUCAUGUCUACCCGGCCACCUCGCAUUCGCGCACCACACCCGACCGGAUGGACACCACCCAGCACACUUUCGCUCAUGACACGAGAUAUCAUGGGUCAACCGCCGGCGAUGUCUCCCCCAUAACGAACGACGAUAUUCCUUUGCAGCCACACAAGAACAACUCGCACGGCUAUCUCCAAGAUUCGACCGACCAUGUCUACGAUGCUCCCGAGCAAGGCGCCGCUGACCGUGGUGUCAAAAAGAAAUCCCGACUCGGCUUUGGAGAACUGGGUAUGCUGGGAUCCGAGAGGAGAAGGAUACCAAUAUUCGUUUACCUAUUCUCUCUCAUCCAAAUCGGCGUCUUCAUUGGCGAGUUGGUGAAAGCCGCCCAGUUGACCGGGUCCCCGAUCCAGACCACACCCUCGUUUAAUCCCAUGAUUGGCCCCUCACAAUACGUCCUCAUCAGCAUGGGCUCGAGAUAUGUCCCGUGUAUGAAGAACGUUGAUGGAGUGCAGAACUACGUGGCUCCUGCUGGCGUAGACCCCGGGUUUCCCUGGGCCUGCCCGAACUCUACGACAAAUUCCGCGACCGACCCGUCUAACCAAUGCAGUCUGUCCGAGAUAUGUGGGUUUAGCGGUGUUCCCAAUCCUGAAUGGCUAGGAGUGAAUGGGCUCGACCAGUCUCCCCAGCCCAACCAGUGGUUCCGCUUCAUCGUUCCCAUAUUCAUGCAUGCGGGUAUCAUCCACAUAGGAUUCAAUCUCCUUCUACAACUCACCAUGGGAAAGGAGAUUGAACGGGCUAUUGGAUCCAUCCGCUUCUUCCUCGUCUACAUGAGUUCCGGCAUUUUCGGUUUCGUCAUGGGAGGCAAUUACGCGGCGCCUGGAAUCUCUUCUACCGGGGCUUCGGGGGCUCUGUUUGGAAUCAUUGCCAUCACCCUUCUCGACCUUCUCUACUCGUGGAGCGAACGACGCAACCCAGUCCGCGAGCUGAUGUUCAUUCUCGUCGAGAUCGUGAUAUCAUUCGUCCUCGGUCUUCUUCCUGGCCUCGACAACUUUUCUCACAUCGGCGGCUUCAUCGUAGGUCUCUGCCUAGGUAUCAGCGUACUGCAUUCUCCCAACUUCCUUCGGCGUAGAAUUGGGGAAGACCAUUUCUCGCCUUCUUAUACUACCGUGGGUGGAUCCGGUAUCACCAGCGUGGCAUUCCCGGCGUUCCACCGGAACCCCGUGGGCUUCUUCAAAGGUCGCAAGGCCCUCUGGUGGGCAUGGUGGCUUGUCCGUACCGGGUGUCUCGUCUUGAUCAUCGUCGUAUUCAUCGUCCUCCUCAACAACUUCUACUCGAACCAGAACCACUGUUCUUGGUGUAAAUAUUUGAGUUGCAUCCCUGUCAAUGGUUGGUGCGAUAUCGGAAAGAUUAACGUGACAUACGUGAAUACGCCAAACACCACCGACAGCAACAGCCUUAGCGGAAGAAGCAUGCCGUUGUUUGCUCUAGAGGAAUUAGCUCGGUUUUAUGCCUGA